UCAAUACAAGGCUGCUGUCAGUGGGCUUUUCCACGGAUACUCUGUAUAUCACACUUGUGUUAUGCUGUUAUGCCUGCCAGAUGGAUACUAGUUGACCAGCCAUCUUCAAUAUAGAUCCAUCAUCAUACAAACCAACAAAAACCAUAAUCGAGUAAUUCAUCCAAAGUAUAUUAAUCUUAAUCCUCAAGAUCGAGUUGAAGAAGACCUUUCCAUCCCGUCGUCACUUAUCUGAAUCAAGAUCAACGAAUGUCAUACCUCUUCAAUUAACCCUUGUAUUAUCUACCUAGGUACCCCAGAAUCAUCAGCAUCCCACCGCUUGUCUCAUCCACACUCGUCCCAUAUCACGGCAAAAUCAGCCUACGAGACCGAUACCUGAUGAUUUGCCAGCUCAUGCCCAAUCAUUAGGAUUAUGACUGGUGAUGAAAUUUUGCGCAGCAUCAUUCAUUCAUGAUUAAAAAAAGAUCUUCCUCUUUCGUUGUACAAACCAUUUAAUUACCUGGUUCACGAAUAAAAUCCUACCGUCCCUUUAUUCAUACCUACCUACUUACAUAUAAAACAUUCUCGCUAUCCGCUCUAUCGAUGCGGACAAAACAGCCAGAGGAAACGAAUGCGAUGCCAAGAUACAAUAGCCAACAACAGCCAUAUCGAGAUCUUAUUGAUUGAUCGUUUUCUGCACAUUGAGGGAUUGAGAUAUCGACAUCAUAUUUUGUGAAUAUGGCGCAGACCCAACCGCAACCACAGGAGGAAUCUCCCGACGUGGAUCCAAAAGAAUUCUAUGGAUAUUUGUUUGAUGAGAAUAAGAGUCCGACGCCAGUACUAAAUGCGCUAUUGAGAGGCGUCGCGAAUCAUAUUAUAGAGAAUGUGGGAAGUAAAGAAGAUAAAUUCCUAACGCCAGAGAAGUUGGCACUUUUCUAUAAAGCUGUUGGUGGAAAUUAUGAUUCUCUUUUUGUGGAGACGACACAUCCAUCCAUUUCUUGGAUUUAUGCCUCGAUAGGCUGUCAACAUACAUUAAACCCGACGAAAGAUGAUUUUGCCCCUCCUUCGAUACCAUGUCUCACUGUGCGAGGAUUCGUGCGAUGGCAGUCGAUUGAAAUACUUUUAGGGCCCGAGGAACAUGUGCCAUUCCUCCAAACCGCAGUCCGAGAUUUCGAAAUCAAAAAUCCAGACACGGGAGCGAGAUUCCCAAUUGAUUUGCCAAAGGAAGCCUUCCCAUUGGUACCGGAUGCGGGAAUAGAGGAAUGGCAUCGGACCUGUGCAGAGAAAUUACGCAAACGAGCAGCGCCGGAUGAUGAAGAGGAUACUCCCAUACCGGACCUCCCGCCGAGACCCAAAGUGCAAGCAAAAUACGUUCAUGUUCGGCCUUCGCCCAGGAUCCCAGAGCCAACUCCAACAAAUGCUGCGCAUCCCCGCAGCGGCUAUUUCGAACCUUCUACUCGCGAGUCUACCCGCGAGUCUACUCGCGAGCCGCCUCGGGAAUCUACUAGAGAACCUACUCGUGAAUCCGCCCGGGAAUCUACUAGAGAACCUACUCGUGAAUCCGCCCGGGAAUCUACUCGCGAGCCUCCUCGCGAAUCGGCGACCCGGGAAUCUACUACCCGUCGACCCAGUCGACCCAUACCUUAUACCCACGUCUCAGCAUCUCGACCCCAACGACCCCCUCUCAACCGAUCACCUACUCAUCGAGUGCGUCAAUUUCUUGCUCCAGAAGAGCCAUAUGCACCCCGCAUACCCCGCGGUCGUCAUCGCAGUUUUCCCAAUUUAAGUUCACCCGUCUCAGAAGACGCUCCUAUCUUCCACGCGCACCCCGCUCCUCCUACCGAUCCCCACCAUCCCCAUCACCAUGUCCCAGUUCCGGAUCCUCCGCACCCCGCUCACCCGCGAAGACAUAGUCAUCCGCGACAAUCCCGCCACGCACCCAUCGUUUCCGACUCCUCCGAUUCGUCCAGCGAUACCAGCGUGACUUCAGAUUCGGAAGAUGAUCCUUCCCCGAAAACUCGCACGAUUCCGAUCAAAACAUCGACGGGUAGACAGUCCAUACCAAGACAUCCGCAAACGGCUUAUAUGUCGCGAAGUGCUGGAGCGGAUAGUCCUCGGGUGUUUGCAUUUCCAUCUACGGCGCCGGGCAGUACGAUGCCGUCUCCGGUUUCGGAUGCGAGAGACAGAGAGAGGGAGAGGGAGAGACAGAGAGAUAUUGAGGAGAAAGUGAGACGCGGUCAGUAUCCGACUAAUAUUGAUUUGAAUGGUAAAUUGAGCGCGCCGUUUCUGGCGGGGAGGAGGAAGAGAGAGACGGGGAGAGGAUCGGUUGAUAUUGAUAGGGAGAGGGAGAGGGAUAGGGAGAGAGAAAAGGGGAGAAGCGAUAGUAGGGGUGUGAAGUGGAGGGAUCUAGGAGAUAUUGCUGAGAUGUGGAGGAAUGGGGGGAUGAGAGGGGAGGGUGUUAGUAGUCAUUCUCAUCAUGUGAGUGGGGGGAGCGGCGGAGAAAGUGGAAGAGAGAGUGGAGAAGGGAGGGGGAGUAGGACACACAGUAGUCGGGAAGAUAGGAGCGAUAGGGACAGGGAUAGAGAUCGCGAAAGGGAAAGGGAAAGGGAUCGAGAUAGAGAGAGGGAUAGAGAUCGAGACCGAGAUGAGCGGGAUAGGGGUGAUAGAGACAGAGAUUACAAGAGAAGGGAACGACCUAGGUUACAAACGAGACAUAGUAGUCAUGAGGAAAUCCCCGCGAGGAGAAUCAGAACGGAAAGAGCGGAUAGAGAGAGAGAUGAUGAAUACGAAGGGAGGAGUUUCAGGGAACGAGAUCGAGAGAGAAGGGAAAGGAUUGUGAGUCCUGUGAGGGGUGUAGAUGGGAGGAAAUAUCCGGAUUGGAGAUGA